GCGGCGUUGCUGGAUACCUGUGACGCCCGUGCACGUUUCGCAGAAGCCCAGGUCACCCAGUUGAUGCAAUUGAUGGAAGCACAGCAGCAGAAUCAGGGCUUGUUGCCCACUGGACUCCCGUGGCCGCAGGGCCGGAGCCACCUACCCACGCCUGAGGCUCACUUGCCGCAGCGUUCGCUGCAACAGGCGUUUGGUGGAGCAAAAUCAGAGAAGUCGAACCCAUGGGAGAUGGAAGGCAGCCCGGCCAGUGAUGAGCAAGAUAGCAACCAAAGUGGGAGGAUUGAACGCCACAUGGAACAGGAGCAGCGACGGCUCGCCAAAAAGUUGAGGCCGAAACAGACCUUGCGUGGCUAUUUGGAGGAGCUCCGCUCUGAGGACCCGAGGUGCAUCUUCAUUGUUCGUCGCAUCAAUAAGCUUGGCUUUCGCUCCAAAACUGCUCUGGAGAGUCAUUAUUCCAAAUUUGGCAAGGUGCUACAGGUGUGCGUGGCGCAUUCCAAGGUAAAGCCAUUACCAAACUCGGGUCAGACUGCGCGGACGAGACCAGGCAACUUCGGCCUCGUGGUCAUGCAAUCGCCUGCGGCUGUGAAGAAGGUGCUUGACAAGGGCUCUACCCACAUCAUCGACGGCGUGGAAGUUUCAGUGCACAAGUAUCAACCCAGCGGCUUCGAUGAUGAGGUCAACGAAGAGGAGGACGAGAAGAUGGAAACUUCCAUGACAGGUGCCGAGUUCAGGGGUCAGCCCCGUCGAGUUCCGAAGGAAACGGAGGAGAUUGUCACCAGUGGUUCCACACAGACCGGCGGAAGCUCGACCAAGGGCAGCAGCCAUUCCGGGUCUGGCAGUUCGGGCGGUGGCAUCAACAGUGGAGACACUGAUGACUGGAACAGGCAAGAGUCUGGAAGCUCCAACAGCUCGCUCGGAUCAGAUGUGAAGGGUGCUCAAGAUCAGUUUCUGGGGCCAUCUCUGCCACUCGAAGUGAAAGCAGAAAGGGGCUGGAGGAAAGCGACACGCCGGGGCAACCUUAAGCCUGGAGCACCCUGGCUGGGUAUCUGGAUGCCAAGCAGCUCCAACGGCGCAGGUAGUGUGGAACUCGAGUGUAGAGCAACUUCACUGCUGCAACAGGUCCUUGGCCUUGAUCCUCCUCAGCCUCGUUCUUCUUCCCCUCCGGCAUCAGAACUUUCUUUUGAUCUGGUUUCUUAUCAGAGCCAGUCUGCUGCUGUUUGUCCUCCUGCCAGACGUGUUGAGACAAGAGCUGACAUCGAGGCCACUUUCAACAGUUGCCCGACCCAUUUCCUGGACUCUGCGAAGAAGCUGUCAGGUUCUUCAGUCAGUGGAGAAGAACGUAUCAAACGAGCUUGGAAAGCAGGCCAGUGGGCGAAAGCGGUUGCAGACGGGCGCUGUUUGUCGCCGAACAGGACUCCUCAGUUGGAUCUACGUCCUCGCUUUUACGCUGUGCUCAGGGCAACAGGCGUAUCAUUGCCUACCAUUUGCCGGUCCGCAGGGACCUAUUGGGGGAUCAUUGGUGAUCUCACAUCUUCAAGCAGCAUCACUCACGGGUUUCCAUCAGAGCUGGAAGCCAAGAUCUACUUUGCCGGUGCAGGCAUCGUGGACUACGACUUGGUGCUUGCGGAGUCGGCCGUAGAGCCAUACGUGCUUUCAUGGCCAUUGGGAGAAGAAGAGGAUGGAGAGGCCGAAGCCACAGUUUUGGUAGCUAUGAGGCGAGAGGGCGGCAUCCUUCUCGUCCUACCUCAAACGUUUUUGCCUCGGCAAUUGGUGUCAGAGGGCAACCAAGGGAAUUUGGAGGGGAUUUUUGGACCCUCUCAGGUUUUCACAGUCCCAGCCAUCAUCAUCGAGGACGAGAUUGUUUCUCCCACUGGCACAGACGUCGAUGUCAUGGUGAUAGACUGCUCAAUAGACGUUGUGAAACACAUGCGGGCUUUCACAUACCAGGAGGAGCUGGUCUACAAUUACGACGAGGAUUCGCCGUACGCCUUGCCCUCAAUGGAUGCCUUGCUGCCAAAAAUCAGAACGUGGGUGAGUCAGGCCGUAGAUAUGAGGGUUGGCUUUUAUACCCCAGAGGAGGCAGAAGGUGCAGAGGAGACCCCUGCCACACCAAGGCGAAGAAAGCCUCCCGCAAAGGCUACUCCUUUAGGAGGUGGUGCAAAGCCCAAGAGGCCUACAACAGCAACCCUUGCGACAGAGAUGCGAGGGAUCCUCGAUGCACUCCCGCAGAUUACAAAGCAGUUGACAGUGAUGUCCGAGCGCCAGACCUUGCUCGAGAGUCGACUUGCAGUGGUCCCCACAGCAAAAGCGUCUGCAGCCGCGUUAGGAUCAACCUUGAGUACCUCCUUGCCUGGCCCACCACCUCCUGUGUCAGACCUGGUCAAGAGUUUGCAGCCACCUCCCAGGACUCAAGAGAGAGCGAGCCUUGGUUUGUUGGCUUCCCCUGGAAUUGCCAAGCAGUUGGAAGUCGAGGAGCUUGCAGAAGAGAGGCUGGAGGGCUUGAAAGGGUCUUCCCUGAGUUCCGACGGUGCAUUGGCCCAAGCAGUUUUGGCCCAGAGCAAAGCUUUGACAUCGCUUGUGGCUCAAAUCGCAAGCUCACAGAACGACCCCCUGUCGGAGCUGACCGGCUCCUCAUCGACAGCGGGGACCAGAGGAGCAGCAACGAGAUCCAGGCUUCAAUUGGAGUUGGCCCAGCACAAAGGUUUGUUUUUCCAGAGUGUCCUGCAGAGCAUGAGCCGGAGGAUGGCGCCAACCAGCAAUCCUUCAGCGACAGCUAUGGAGCUUUUGGAGAGAGGUGUUUCAGGGGUGCGCUACCUGGAACGUUUUGGGGGCUAUGGCAGGGUGAAGGAGCUGGGACAGAUUCAGUAUCAGGUCAUGAUGAUCAUGGACUUUCUCAUGGCAGAGAACUACUUGGCUGCUAUGGACGGAGUGGCACUUUUGGCAGUGACUCUGGAACAGGCUGCACUCGACGGAGGACGAAUGGAAUUGGCGACCCUCCUUUGUUUGCAGGAGGACCCUCCGGCCAGCAUCUUUGUGAAUCGCCAGUUGUCAUCGACCUCGAGGGCGCGCUCUUUCGCACCCUUAGCGGAUCAACGCUGGGUCACAUGUGCCCUAGCUUUUCUCAAAGAAAUGGAGGUCAUCUCCAACAAGCGCAACGAGAUGAACGCAGCUGGAAGGGUGGGUUUCGAAGCUUCGUCCGAAGGAAGUGGAAGGCUGAAUGAGCGCUGGACACGUUUGCAUGAAGAUGGAAUUCAAUUUGAGAAGGAGGAGCCGGAGCCAAAUCCUCUUUCUACAAUGCUUGACUUCUCCACAUGGGCCAUUUGUUUGCCACGGUGGAUAUUGAGGUGUCGCACAGCUUUUUCAUGGCACCUCUGGAGAUCUUUCACUGCAACAUGGCGCGAUCCUUGUGACGCGUCAACCACAGCUUUCCCCUUGCCAGUUCCUCAUCCUGGAUGUUUUUCUGAGAAGGGCCUCAAGCACAAGAAGAUUUCAAGGUUAGCCUGGGCAAGGAAGAAACUUUUGCACAUAGUUGUCUUCUCCCUCAACUACAUGUACCUUGGGCGUUUUCCUACAAGAUCUGAGCUUGAGAGGAGACCGAAUGCCGAGCAGAUGAAGGUGUUUGAACGCCUGCGGUCUCUCAUAGCUGUGUGUGGGGAGGGUGAGCAGCAGUUCAUUGCCGUCCCUGGCCGAUCCGGGCCUGAAUUAGGUGCAGCGCUUUUGCAGAUGGAGAGGUUUGCAGAUCUCCAUCCGGAGCUGAGCCAAAGCUAUGUUCAGCGAAAACCAGUGAAGUUCAAGGAGGACAAGCACCUCCUCCCCUUUGCAGACCACCCUGAGCUCCUCCCUUACAGGUCACUUGAUGCCUCACGCCUGAAGAUUGUUGGAACUGGAGAAUGGCCUAUGGCAGACUUUUUGUCGGGCCCGCUUUGGUUGCCAUUUCAAGAGCCGCGUUUUCUGUUGCAUGGUGAGCCAGAUGAUGUUUCAGUUUGGCCAGUUUUCAGACGGGAGGAGCGCAGUGAGAAUCUCAAGUUGGCGAAGCUUUGGGAUAGCAAGGGGAUUUUGAGACUUCACAGAAAGCCCCUGAUGCGUGACCACUUCUGCAAGACCUUCAAUGCCUACAAGAACCGCCACCUAGAUCGGCAGAUAGGUGACAGAAGGAUUCCAAACUCCAGGGAGCGUGCGAUUGAUGGGCCUUCACACCAUUUACCCCCUGGCUUUCUCCUGACCAACUUGAGGGUUGAGCCUUUUGUUGAGCAAGUUGUCGGAUCCGUCACUGACCGACGGGAUUUCUACCACCAGGCAAAGAUUAGUGAGGAGCGCGCGCAGUCAAAUAUGCUUGCCUUUGCCUUUUCAGAGGAGGAGCUUGAUGGAACAAGAGCCCUUGAGGAGGCGCGAUCGACGCAGCCUACCAAGAAGCAACGUGAGAGCGUUGGAGAUGGUUUUGGACUUUUGGCUGAAGGCGCGGACGACCUUGCAGUUGAGGGGAAAUGGUUUCCCUGUUUUGGCUCACUUUUUCAGGGAGAUCAUUUAGGAGUUGAGUUUGCGUUGAAGGCACAUGAAGAGGUUUUGCAGAGAGGAGGUUUGCUUGAGAGCACUAGGAGGCUUUUUGGUCAUGCCCUGUUUCCUUUGCAGCGCCAGAUUGAGGGCUUGAUCAUUGAUGACUACUUUGCGAUAGGAUGCGAGCCCAUCACCACGAGCCCUCUGAACACGUUUGCCUCAAAGGCUCUGGCGAAAGCUCGUUGUAUCUACGAGGCUGCAGGCUUGGAGGGUUCAGUUGAGAAGGACAUCGAUGCCCAGAAUGUUUUCAAGGCAGCUGGUGCGGAGAUCAUUUCAUCGGCCGCAGCAGUUCAAAGAGGCUUGACCUUGGUUGGGGCCCCUGUUGAGAAGCGGCUGGCAUUGGCUGCUUUGUCCUUGCGUGCAGCGAGACUGAGGUUUGCAUCCUCAAAGCUCCUGGCCAGACUAGCGGGCAGCUGGACAUCAGUUUUGCUUUACCGGAGGUGCCUUACUUCAAGUGUGGACUUUUUCUUCAAGCUUGGAGCUGAGGCUGAAGCCAGCGGACCAAACACGGCAGUGCCCCUCACUAGGAAGGUUGCCCAGGAGCUUGUCCUGUUGUCAGCGUUGUCGCCAGUUGCAGUUUCAAACAUAGCAGUGAAGUACAAUGAGAAGGUCUGCGCUUCCGAUGCCUCCUUGGGCCUUGGGGCGGUUGUUUCAGCAAAGGUUGAUCCUGAGACUGUCGAAGUGUUGUGGCUUGGGAGUGACAAGAAAGGAUGCUAUUCAAAGUUGGAUGCGCCAGCUGCGGCGCUUCUUGCUGCUGCGGGUGAAGAAGUUGCGGAGCCCUGUGGGCCUGAUCACCUCAAGGCCCCCAAGAGAGGUCCUUUGCUUUACUUUGACUUUGUGGAGUUCUUUGGUGGUUCUGGCCGCGUUUCUUCAUGUGUUGCAGCCCUGGGUCACUCAGUAGCUCCCUGCCUCGACCUCACUGCCUCAAAGCACUAUGACAUGACUGAUGAAAGGCUUUUGGAAUGGUGCCUGUACAUGAUUGAGGAGGGAAGAUUCAAAGCUUUCCUUACAGAGCCUCCAUGCACAACAUUCUCACCUGCCGCACAUCCAGCAGUGCGGUCUUACGUUGAGCCAGAAGGUUUUGACAGGCGAUGCCCCAAGACCAGGCUAGGAAAUGUCCUCGCUUUCAGAUCCUUUGUGCUCUUGCGUCAUGGAAGGAAGUUUGGUAGGCCAUGUGGGAAGGAGCAGCCGAGACGGAGCAAGAUGGCGUGGAUGAGAGCCUGGAGAGCCCUGAAGAGACUGGGCUUUUGCGAGGCAGUCAUCGCAUCCUGCCAGUUUGCCUCUCCUCACAAGAAAGAGUUCAUUUUUCUUUUGCAUGGCCUUGACCCUCUCCGCCUUGAAGUCAAAUGUCCUGGGGGCCACUCACAUGUGAAGAUCCAGGGCCAGCUUACCAAGGGAUCAGCAGUCUACACCUGGCCUCUUGCAGAGCACCUAGCAAAGGAGUUCAGCCGGGUUUUGAGGUUGGGUUGUGCUUUUGAGGAGAGGGGCCCAGAUGUUUUUGGCCUUGAGAGCGUUGUUUCGAAUGAUGUUUUGCUGACGGAGAAAUGGAGAACUCGCAAGUGUUGGCACUGGAAGCGCAAGAGCCAUAUCAAUGUGUUGGAAGCUCAUGGAGGCCUUGGUGUUUUAGCAGCAGCUGCCUCAGAUCAGCCAGAUAGCCGGUUUGUAGCCCUCAUGGACUCCCGAGUGGCGAAAGGGGCUUUGGCGAAGGGCAGGAGCUCUGCCGAUGGACUUCAAAGAACCUGCAAGAGGAGCUCGGCCAUUCAGGUAGCCUUUGGACUUUAUCCUGGAUGGAAUUUUGCUCCAACUCGGCUCAACAUAGCUGAUGACCCGACCCGACGAGUACCAGUGAGAAGUCCUGUUCCUCUCUCUGUCCGGAAGGGUCUUAGCCAGCAGCAGAUCCAGAGUCGUGCAGAAAGACGGAAGGGGAUUGAACUGGUUGCCACGCGUGUGGCCAGACAAGACACGCUGAACCGGAGAACAAAGCUGCUUUCAGAUUUUCGGUGCUGGCUGUUUGAGGUGCACAAGGUUUCUUUGUCUCAGCUGCUUUCAGCAAAACCGCCUGACCCUGAGGAGAUCUGCAAGUGGCUCACCGCCUAUGGCCAGGAUAUGUUCCUAUCUGGAAAAGCGUAUGGGAAGUUUGCUGAGACAAUUAACGCUGUGGCACAGGCCAGACCGGUCAUCAGGAAGCAGUUGGUUGGAGCUUGGGACCUGGCCUUCGCCUGGCAGUCAGAUGAACCAGGUGAACAUCAUCCUGCUUUGCCUCUAUCAAUCCUCCUAGCAAUUGUGGCCUUGGCUUUGCUUUGGGGGUGGCCACUUGAGGCAUCAGUGAUUAGUUUGACCUGGUGUGGGCUUCUUCGCAUUGGGGAAGUCCUGAUUGCUGAGCGAGGUGACCUGAUACCCCCAGAAGACUCGAUGCCAGGCGUGCUCUUUGGCCUCCUCAGAAUCCGGACACCGAAAACACGUGGGCGUGCAGCACGCCAUCAAGCAGCGCGCAUCGACCCACCGGAUGUGCUGAGCCUACUUUCAGCAGUAUAUGGAAAGUGCCCAUCAUCAACAAGACUCUGGCCCUAUUCAGCAGCUACUCUGAGAAAGCGCUUUUGCUGCCUAUUAGCGGGAGUUGGGCUGGCGACAGAAAAGAUCAAAGGGCGAUAUCCCUUCAGCCUAGGGAGCCUUCGCCCUGGGGGCGCUACACAUAUGCUGCUGGAAUCGGAAGACUCAGAAAAAGUGCGGCGUAGGGGACGUUGGGUCACAAACAAGGUUAUGGAAAUAUACCUUCAGGAAAUCCUCUACACCACCUUUGCAGAAACACUGGAUAGGCAGACCAAGAUUAGGGUGAAUCAGCUGGCUGGGAACUUCACCAAAAUCUUGGGACAGUCCGUGGCCUUCCUGAACUCUGCAAUCCCACCCACUACAUGGUGGAACCUCUUCCAGACCAAAGACGAUGAGCUUUUGGACCAAAGCGGUCUUGCUGGCGAUGGAUCUCUCAAUGUUGCAGUGGAAAAUGACAGGUGGCCACCUACAGAGCCAAGCUUGGGUGAAUGGCAUGUGCCAAGCGCCGAGGCUUCGACAGAUCAAACCUAUGUGGUGAGCCUGUCGCACCGUGAUUUGCAAGAGCUUCGAGAAAUGCUGCGGCUGAAGUCUGCUAGGAGCGAGGCCGACCUCUCUGAGAUCUUGAGCCAGUUGCAACAUUUGCUCGAGGAAUUGCAAGCGCCUCACGGCUGCUUGAAUGCUGAGAAGAUCAUGCAGGCUACUUCAUUGAUCCAGCUGGCGAAGCAGCAGCUCUCGCUCAUGCAUGCAGAUUGCAGAUCAAGGAUGGCAGAGAUCAGUAUGAGCACGGCUGCCCAUGCUCCACCCUUUCCUCAGAUUCCCUUUGAUGCCAGCUUGGGGGCACCGCCAGGUUUCGGCCGAGGAUUCUUUCCAGGCCAUUCUGCACAGGACCGCUGA